GAAUGUGGAACUCCUCCUUAUUUGGAUGGUAUAGGAGCUACAAUUUCACAACUCUGGAUCCUGUUCCCGGGACAAUUUGUGAUGGAUAAGCACAACUGAACAUCCUAAUCUGGUGGGAUAGAGCAACUGUAUGCUGAGCAUAUUAACCCGGAUUAAUCAUGAGGCCAAAAACGUUCCCUGCCACCACCUAUUCUGGAAACAGCAGACAGAGACUGCAGGAGAUCCGGGAAGUCUUGAAGCAGCCACCAAAGCCGGCUGCUCAUGGUUUAUCUGUUGGACACAGCAAUGAUUCUCUGCAGGUUCUGCAUGGCAAAGAUUCCGCAAGACAGCAGCAACAGCAGCUGCGGCAUCCGGCCAAGUUUGGCCCUUACCAAAAGGCAUUGCGGGAGAUCCGUUACUCAUUGCUGCCUUUCGCCAAUGAAUCUGGAAAUGUGACUGCUGUAGAAGUGAACCGGCAGAUGCUGCAGGACCUGGUGAAGGUGGGCUGUGAUCAGGAAAUGGCAAUACGGGCAUUGAAGCAGACGGGAAGUAGAAGCAUUGAAGCAGCUUUGGAAUUUAUCAGUAAGAUGGGUUAUCUGGACCCUCGCAAUGAGCAGAUUGUCCAAGUCAUCAAACAGACAUCACCAGGUAAAGGCACAGGUCCAAAUAAUGUUCUUCAUCGAUCAAGUUUUGAAGGACAAAGUGAACCAUUUCCACCAUAUCACCCAAUUAAUAAUGCACCAUAUGAGGGGCCUGGCUUUCCUGCUGAAGGUUCCACUGUGCUUAAUGAAGUACCACGGCAAUACAUGGACUUCUUGCUCUCUGCUCCCCAGGCUGGGGGUAUGAAUGGACCAUCACAGAGGCCUCCAUCACAUAACCCUCCUGGAGGCCACCAACAUCAGCAGAAGGCGUAUGCCAACAGUGUUGAGUCUGCUGCAAUAACGUACACUAUGGGGAACCACACCAGUCAAGGUCUACCUUUGCAGCCUACCCAUGCUUCCAACAGCCCCCAUUAUGGCCGACCGCACCUUAUUGUCCAGGGGGACCCUAUGGGGUAUGGUGUCCAAAGAACCCCAUCAUUUCAAAACAAAAUGCAACAAGAAAGCAGUUACGUAAAUAUUCAGGGCAAAGGUCCAGUGCCACAAACUAGCCCAGGUCAUGCAUAUCAGCAAGCACCAGCAGGGCUUUACAUGCCACACCCUCACCACAAGCAGUCAAGUCCUUCCUCUCACCAGAUGCUUGUUAUGUCAAGGGGAUCUCCAUAUGCAAAUGAGUAUCCUGACACAACACCAAAUAUUUUACCUCCAUCACAGAAUAGUUUAAACAUAGAUAUGUAUGAUAUGGGUGGUGUCUGCCCGUGGCCAAACGCCCAGCACCGCCGUAAUUCUCUUCAGGGUGCUGGAAUAGAUGCUUCUCCACGACAACAUGUUUCUUUUAGAACAGAAUCUCAAGUACCAAGCCGCACCAACUCUUUCAAUAACCACCAACAGCCUAAACAGGUGCAACUGCGGCAAGCUCCUCAAACCAAACCCGAUUCAGCUAAUACCAUCACCACUGUUACUUCCACCCAUAUUCUUCAGCCAGUGAAGAGCAUGAGGGUAGUGAGGCCAGAGCCUCAGACUGCUGUUGGUCCAUCCCAUCCUGGAUGGCUAGCAUCACAAUCACAGGUACCAGAAAAUGCAGAGCUGCUUGAGUCACAUCCAUUAUCUGUCAGUGGGCCAGGUCCUUAUGGGAUUGAAGUGGAUUAUGGCAACCAGGAUAUGCGAUUCCCACCACCACCAUAUCCAAAGCAUAUUUUGCUCAAGAACAGCUCAGAGCAGCAUGAUGUGAACUCCAUAAGUAAAGGUGUAGAGCAGAACCUGCGGAUUAUUGAUAAUGUAACCUGCAACCAAACACAAGAAGCCAGUGGAGAUGUAAAACAUGAGAAAGCAAGCAAGAGUUCUAAAGCCACAAAAUCUGGAAAGGACAAAAAGCAGAUUCAGACAUCACCUGUACCGGUGCGUAAAAAUAGCCGAGAUGAGGAGAAGCGGGAGUCUAGAAUUAAAAGCUACUCGCCCUUUGCUUUCAAAUUCUACAUGGAACAGCAUGUGGAGAAUGUCCUGAAAACCUACCAACAAAAGAUCAAUAGAAGGUUACAGCUAGAACAGGAGAUGGCAGAGGCUGGUCUUUGUGAAGUUGUUCAAGAGCAAAUGCGAAAAAUUCUGUACCAAAAGGAAUCCAACUACAAUAGACUAAAAAGAGCCAAAAUAGACAAGUCCUUGUUUGUGAAGAUAAAAACCCUGGGCAUUGGUGCCUUUGGUGAAGUAUGCCUCGCCAGUAAAGUGGACACCAAAGCUCUGUAUGCCAUGAAGACUUUGAGAAAAAAGGACGUUUUGAACAGAAACCAGGUGGCACAUGUGAAAGCUGAGAGGGAUAUACUAGCAGAGGCUGACAAUGAGUGGGUAGUGAAGCUUUACUAUUCCUUCCAGGACAAAGACAGCUUGUACUUUGUGAUGGACUAUAUCCCAGGAGGAGACAUGAUGAGCCUGCUUAUACGAAUGGAGGUGUUUCCUGAGCACCUGGCCAUGUUUUAUAUCGCAGAGCUGACUCUGGCCAUCGAGAGUGUCCACAAGAUGGGGUUUAUCCACAGGGACAUAAAACCUGAUAACAUUCUCAUAGACCUGGAUGGCCACAUAAAGCUAACAGACUUUGGCCUUUGUACUGGAUUCAGGUGGACACACAAUUCAAAAUACUAUCAAAAAGGGAACCAUAUACGGCAGGACAGUAUGGAGCCCAGUGAGCUGUGGGAUGAUGUGACUAAUUGCAGGUGUGGGGAUAGACUGAAGACAUUGGAACAGCGAGCAAAGAGACAGCACCAUCGAUGUCUGGCUCACUCGUUAGUAGGGACUCCUAAUUACAUAGCCCCCGAAGUCCUCCUGCGCAAAGGAUACACACAGCUCUGUGAUUGGUGGAGUGUGGGAGUCAUUCUCUUUGAGAUGCUAGUUGGUCAGCCUCCUUUCCUAGCAUCUAACCCUACAGAAACGCAGCUAAAGGUGAUAAACUGGGAGAAUACGCUUCACAUUCCCCCCCAGGUUAACCUGAGCCCAGAAGCCACAGAUCUGAUCAUCAAGCUUUGUUGUGCAGCAGAAAGCAGACUGGGGAGAAAUGGAGCUGAUGAAAUAAAGGCUCACCCCUUUUUUAGUACCAUGGACUUCUCUACUGAAAUUCGGCGGCAGCCAGCACCUUAUGUCCCAAAAAUCAGCCACCCAAUGGACACGUCAAACUUUGAUCCGGUCGAUGAGGAAAGCCCUUGGAAUGACAGUGGGGACAGCACAAUGGCCUUGGACACGCUCAUGUCUCCCAACAACAAACACCCAGAGCACGCUUUUUACGAGUUUACUUUCCGCAGGUUCUUUGAUGACAAUGGCUACCCAUUUCGCUACCCUAAGCCAUCUCGUGGGGAGGCCCUGCCGUGUGAAGAACUGCAGGAAGAAAAUAAGACAAACUCUGGUGAGACAGAAAGCUGCCAGCCAGUCUAUGUGUGAACUCAGCCAGCGCUUUUUAAAAAACGCUCAUAGUAUUAUUUGCCAACAAGAUCUUGCCAUCAAAGACGUGUCAUAACUUUGCGCAAUUCCGGAAAAUGGAUGCGACUAAGUGUCCUUACAAACUGCAUAGCAUUCUGAAGGAAAUUGUCACCCUCUUGCCUCUGCGGCAAAGAACAACGGAUGUAUCUGAACAUCUGUUGAGCUUUGGAUGUACUUGGUACUUUUUAGAACUUCACCGUUUUGACCUUCACACAUAUCCGACUCACAAAGCCAUUCAUUGACGUGAGCUGUAUAAGCUACGAAGGUCUCAGCAAAAACCAAAGAUGAGGAAGACUGAUGAAGGCCACAGUUUGCUUUGUUAUAUUCAAGCAACAGGAGAUC